GGCUGUGUGACACGGGGUGUGACACGGGCUGUGUGACAAGGGCUGUGUGACAUGGGCUGUGUGACAUGGGCUGUGUGACACGGGCACGGCACUGGGGGGACAGCGGGGCUGCUCUGCCCGGGCCAUGCAGGACCUGGGGGCUCAUCCCCCCCAAACUGCGGGACUGAGGGUGGGGAAUGAGCCCAAACCGCCCCCAGAACCGGGGAUCCAUCAACCCCUGCAGGGACUCCACACCCCCAGCCCAUUCCAGCCCCUCAGCAUCAUUUGGGGCAGGUAAAACCUUCCCCUUGCCCACCUGCCUGUCCCCUUGGACCCCCAGGCCACGGCCAGCCCAGGACAUUCGGUCACCUGGUGUCCAUGGGUCAUCUCUGUCCCCUCCACACAGGGAGGGCAGAGCCUGGGAUGUGGGUCAGGGCAGGGGGACAGGGCCACCUUUCCCUGCACCCCUCAGGUGACCCCAAAUCAGACCAGGUUUCUCCCACGGGGGUUUGCACAGAGGAGGGACAGCGGGGAAGGAGUGUCCGGGUGGACAUCACCCAUGGCUGGGGUGUCCCUGUCACCUCGGGGUGGGGGGGACACGCCCAGGGCCCAGCUCCAAGGGGAGCCCCGUGCAGGCGGGUGACCCCAGGUCUUGUGGCACAGCCUCGUGAUGCCAUGAAAUCACCCACCCUGGGCAUGAAAUCACCACCCUGGGCAUGAAAUCACCACCCUGGGCAUGAAAUCACCACCCUGGGCAUGAAAUCGCCCCUCCCGGGCACGCCAGGCUGCUGGGGAUGGGAUCGGGGGGACACAUCCCCCCGGCAGUCCCCUCCCACCCUCGGGCACAUAAACCCGGCAGCAGCGCUGCUCCCGCCCGCCUCCAGCACCGACCAUGGGCCACCCGCAGCUCUGGCUGCCCCUCCUGGCCGGGCUCGUGGGGAUCCUGGCCCAGGAAGACCUGUACAGAAAGGUGUUCGUGUUCCGGAAGGAUCCCAGCGACGCCUACGUGGUGCUGCGGGCGCGGCUGGAGCAGCCCCUGCACAACUUCACCGUGUGCCUGCGCUCCUACACCGACCUCAGCCGGCCCCACAGCCUCUUCUCCUACGCCACCAAAGCCCAGGACAACGAGAUCCUGCUCUUCAAGCCCAGACCUGAGGAGUAUCGCUUCUACGUGGGCGGCAAAUUCGUCACCUUCCGCGUCCCCGAGGGCCGCGGGGACUGGGAGCACGUGUGCGCCAGCUGGGAAUCCGCCACCGGCAUCGCCGAGUUCUGGCUCAACGGGAAACCCUGGCCGAGGAAGGGGCUGCAGAGGGGACACGCGGUGGGGGCCACGGCCGCCAUCCUGCUGGGGCAGGACCAGGACAGCUUCGGUGGCGGUUUUGACCCCUACAACUCCUUCUCGGGGGAGCUGACCGAUGUCCACCUGUGGGACGUGGCACUGUCACCGGACAAGAUGCGCGCGGCCUUCCUGUCCCUGCGCCUGCCGCCCGCGCUGCUGGCCUGGAAGAGCCUCAGCUACGAGGUGAAGGGAGACGUGGUGGUGAAACCCCGGCUCCGGGAGGUGCUGGGGAGCUGAGGGCAGCGGGGU